AUGUCCAUCGUCGUUAACACCACCUCUGCGAAGUCGCCCCCACGCGAGGGUGAGAGCGCUUCAACAGCGGAGAGCCUGGCCGCUCUCAUCCAGCAAACGUACACGCAGCAGUACGCAGAGGCACGUAAUCAAUACAAGGCGUCCCAUGCGCGCUUCACCGCCCGCGUGAAGCGGCCACCUCCUUCGCGGCUGGAACAUUACUGCACAAACGUCUUCCAAGACCUAUCCUUUUACACGAGCGCCGCCAAUGCUGAGGUGGCGUGCGCGCCGUCUGCGUGCACGCAUGGCCCGCGACGCAUUGGUAUCCACUCAGUGAAUCACAAGCUUCGCCUUCGUGCACAAGAACGUCUGUGUGCUGCACCUGCGAAGCCGAAGCGCGACGCAGAUGAUGUAAUUGAACUUAUAGUGGCGCAGGAAGCGGCCGAGUAUGCCGACGUGCUGGAACUGGAGGCGAAGUCCUUCAUGGGCGUUGCCCGCGCCUACUACCAAGCGAUAUUUGGGGUCACCGACGAGCUUGUGUGGCUCGAGGCGCAGGCUCGGCGCAGCUUUGAAGACGAGUACAACCGUGCCACGAUGGUUUUCCUCGCCCAGCUGCGUGAGGAGACAUGGGGAGCGGAACAGCGGCUGCUUUUACGCGCACGGGGGAUGUUCCCCGAUGUACUACCGCACGUUGCGCAGCUGCGCCUUAUUGCCGCAAAGUUCGAUGCCCUGCAGCAGGCCAAGUCAUCCGUGCUGGACAUCCGUGAAGCAGUGCCUCUGUGGCAACGUGUAUGCGCCAUUCGAGGCGAGACGGAGAGCGAAGAGGACAUCAUAUUCCGACGAAUUUUCCUGGCCUGCGCCGUUGGGGCACACGGCAUCAGCGAAGGGUACCUGCGGUACGACACCGUUACUGGGCGGUUGCGGCACACGUACAAAGAGGUUCCGCCAUUCAUGAGAGAUGUCAUCGAGUACUCCCUGCAGUUCGAGACCUUCGCCGCGGUUUUGGAGGAAGAGGCGCAGCGCAUGCGAAUCGCGGAGGAGGCGGAGGGUGCCUGUGCCUCCCUAGUUGCGGCCGUCGCCUCUGGUGCCGACGCGGAAGGCGACGUCUCAUCUCCUACUGACGCUGCCACCACCCCUGUAUCACCGAGCCACGCCGAUCAGCCGGCGGCAGAGGCCUAA